UCCGAGGUUAUUCCCGCCCACCCCACCACUCCGAAGGGUAAGCAGAAGCACGACAGCGGGGGCUGGUUCUCGGCAGGCUGCUGUCGUGGCACCGCGGGAGGCGCCAGAGGGGGCUCGGAGGUCUCCAUGGAGCGCAGGCUGGCCGACUACCGCGCUGCCCGCCGCGCCACUGGCAACGCCACUCCCUCGACAAAGUCUUCAAUCAAAGCGGCGGCCCCGGCAGUGGCCAUGGCGGCGGCGGAGACGCCCGAGCAGCCCCCGCCUCGUCCCGAGGAAUCUGUUCAAAGGACUGCAAGCCCCAAGGCUGAAACAUCUGUGCCGUGGUGGACCAAUUAUUUUUUAAUGAAUGUGACUUUUCUCAAGUUUCUCCUCUGGCUUGUCUUAUUGGGACUAUUUGUGGAACUGGAGUUUGGUUUGGUUUAUUUUGUCCUGUCUAUGUUUUAUUGGAUCUAUGUAGGAACUCGUGGCCCUGGAGAAAGACAGACUGGAGAAAAAAGUGCUUAUUCUGUAUUUAACCCAGGCUGUGAAGCUAUUGAAGGAACCCUGACUGCAGAACAGUUUGAAAGAGAACUGCUGUAUCAGCCCUUGGUGUUGAUGUAACCAAUGCCUGUACCAGCUGCUGUAUAACAAUACUGUACACAUCUUAACCAUGGUUGUGGAUAGACUUAUAUUUUUCACCUGAACACAAUGAAAGACUGUCAACAGUGACAUUUUUCGUCAGAGAAAAAGAUGUUUCAGUGUUCUAAUUCAAUUCUAGCUGUGGAUCCUGAUUCUAAUAUAAGACCCAAGGUCAAAAACAGGAAGGGUUUGAUAUAUAAAGACUGGUAUAGGCAUCUGUAUUAAGCUUUUCUUAUUGAUGAUGCUGGGGUGAAAUAAAAUUUACUAUGCAUUAUGUUAA